UUGAGCAGUUGGAAAAUACGGUCAUAAAAACAAAAUAAAAUAAAGUAAAAUGCGAAAAUCGAAUUAUUUUUUAAAGAUGAGCCUAAUACAAAAUCGGAUGUAAAUUAAAGUGUUUGUGUGAGUGUUUAAGUGUAUGCGUAGAUCUAUGUUAAAGAUAAUGUUUCAUACUGACUAAACCAAUGUAAUUAAAAAAACAAACAAACAAACGAAAAAAAGCAAUUAUUUUUCAAAACCAAAAAAAAAAAAAAUCUGUGAAAAAAUAAAAUCUCAUACAUCAUGGAGAAUUCUCCACCUGCUGCUUCCUCAUUGGAAAAACAAAUAGAUAAUUUUUUGGAGCAUUUCAAGCGUAGUGCAUCCAAGGCCAUGGAGGCUGAGUGGUGUAGUAUUGGUGGUAAUAGUAGUAAUACUAGUAAUAGCGGUAGUGGUGUUACCGGAAGUACUGCAACGACAACAGUGAUAAAUACUUCAACUACUACAACCACAUCGGAGAUGGUGGCUGGUUCACAGCCUGCAUUACAAACACCAAAACAGAUGUCGUUCGAGAAACAUCAACAUUUGUUGCAACGUACACGCAGUCGUUCGAGUUGUUUGGAUUUGAAUAAUAUGAUGACGGAUAAUGAUGUUGAAGCGGUAUUGGCUGAAUCUCAAGCAAUUGUUAUGACAUCCACACAGCAACAACAACAACAGCAACAACAACGCCAACAAACACCACAACAUCAACAAGUUAUCAGUCAUCAAAUGUUAGAAUCACAAUGUUCCAUCAAUAGUACAACAUCUAUACAAACCGUCUUACAACAAUCAGUCAUACACAAUUCGCCAAAACAUAACGGUAGCAUUUCAAUGCUACAACAACAAUCUGUCAUUAGUACGAAUUCAAAUUCAUCUAUAAAUUCUCAACAGAAUAUUUCAUAUGCCAUCGAAGCACUGCCCGGCAGUUUACGACACGUUUCAGGCAGUGUUAAUUCAUUAUUAGAACACAUUGCACCGGCGACCAUGAGUAGUGAAGGUGUUUUGAAUAUUGGUGAUGUUGCCGAUUUGCUACAUCCCCAACAUGCAAUCAUAACGGGUGGUCGUUCUCAGGAGGGUUGUCCCUUAAUUAUAUUUCCCGAUAAUAAUAAUUUCAAUACACUGGAGGAGGUGGAUUAUCAAAAGUUAAUUUUGUAUUUAACUUCAGUGCCAUCGCUACAAGAUGCAGAUUUGGGUUUUCAUUUAAUAAUCGAUCGACGUAAAGAUAAAUGGACUUCGGUGAAGACAGUAUUACAGCGCAUUUCGAUUUAUUUUCCCGGCAUUAUACACGUCGUUUAUGUUUUACGACCCUCUGGUCUCUUUCAAAAGGCCAUCUCUGAAGUUAGUUCAAAAUUUUCCAAAGACGAAUAUCGUUUUCGUUUAGUCAUAUGUUCCUCCCUUAGCGAUCUACAUGAGUACAUAGUACCCGCUCAAUUAACAGCAGAUAUGGGCGGAACACUAAUAUAUUCCCACCAUGAGUGGAUACAACAAAGAAUAUCCCUGGAAAAGUUCUCUAGCCUAACACAUCAAGUAUCCGCCGAAUUAGAUAUUUUCAUACAAGCCAUACACGAUACAGAAUUUCCAAAUUCUGUUGAAGCCACACAAAAAUUAUUAGACGAUCAGGGUUUGGAUUAUCAAAGACUUAAAGAGGAAAUAUUGGCGGCAGCCAAACAUGGUGAAACUUUAUUGAAUAACAUCAAAUCAAAUGAUGAAAUUAAAGAAUUCUCCGAGCGUACUGGCAAUGUUAGCUCUAUAGAACGACUUUUGGUGCAGCUAGAGGAAACCGAAAGACGUUUUGAUGAAUUUUGGCGAACACAUCGUAAUCGCCUGCAACAAUGCUUGGAGUUAAGGAAAUUUGAACAGAGUUUUAGAGAACUACAGUUUUCAUUUGAUGCCCGCCUUAAAAGUAUAUCCGAAAUGACCGAAAUUGGUGAGAGUGUUGAACGUGUUGACAGUUUAAUAUUGGAAACGAAAGAAUUUCAAACUUUAUGUGCCAGUGAUAUUGAUAAGGCUGCUGAAGUUAUAGCAGCCGGUCAACAACUUAUUGGUUCACGCGGUGUUUAUCCUUGGGAAGUUGUGCAACCGAAGUGUGAUGAACUGCAGCGUGUUUGUGAUAUAAUCACAGAACGUUUACAGAAACGUUUGGAAAUUCUUAAUAAAAAUCGUGAGCUAAUGGAGAGAGUUGAAAAGGCUAAUGAAUGGUGUGCAAAUGGUGUCGAAUUACUUACCUCCCAACGCAUUGAGAAAUGUUCUUCAUCUCCUGAAUUGGCCGAACAGAGUCUUCAGGAGAUUCAGGCUUUUAUAGCGUCUGCUUCUGAUUUUAAAUUGUCUAGUCCAAGUGAAUUUAAAAAGAUUUUCUUAGAAAGUACCACACCAGAAACCAAAGCUUUAGUAUCACAGGUUCUCCAAAGAAUCGAUGAUGUCUCAUUGAUGUGUGAUAAACGUAUAGCUAGUUUAAAGAAACUGGCCUUAAAACCACCGCGUCCCAUACAAACAGUAACACCAGAACCGGCAGUGCCGCUACAGCCUCCCGGUGGGGCACCUCAUCUAUUGCGUAGAAAACAUAAGGUACGUAAAGCACAUAAAAAAUUACUCUACCACUAUAGAUUGGGGGUAAGUUUAAAAGAAUUAAAUUGUUUGAAUUUUAUGGUUUGUUUUUAUAUUUUUAACUGAUAUUUAUUUGUUUAUCUUAAUGGGACAUCA